AUGUUUCUAAACAACUGGAAGCAGAAAGCGGAGGAGUUUAGAAAACGCGCGAAGGAAAAAGUUGAGCUGGUAAAGGACAAAAUCGAAGAACAAAAACGAGACGCGAGUUCGCCGAUUGGGAAGUUAGCGAACCGAAUGAAUACUCAACAGAGCCCGAGCGCGAGUAGUCCCGAGAGCCGAUAUCUAGAGCAAAAACAAACUCCGGUAUCCUCGUCAUCUGCGGGCAAGUUAGUGAACAGAAUGAACAGUUUGGAGUUGAACGCGGCGUCGAUGAACGCCGAGCAAGCCGCGAAAGAAGUAGACAAAUUACAUCCCGGAUUUUUCGAGCCGUAUCGUAAAGAUGAAGAUGAAGAUGAAACGAACAGGAGCGAAGAGAGAAUAAACGCGUCGACGGAUCCGUCGUCAUCAUCGUCAAACAACGACUCCAUUAAAUUUGACGCUUUGAGAGAGUCUUUGAAAGAGAUUCCGCGGGAUUUUUCGCCGAAGGAUCUGCGACGCGAAGAAGAGCGACUGAUGGCAAUCGUAGAAACCGUACAAACUAGAAUCAAUGGGGAAAUAUAUAAGAAACGAAACGAAGUCGGUCACGCGUCGCAGAAGAUAUUGGAUAUACAAAACUCUUUGACGAGAGCAAAUGUGGUGCUUAAAAAUGGACGACGCGCUUUAGAAAGAUCGCAACACGCCGUCGACGUCAAAAUUCGAGCCGUGCACACGAAUAAAAGGAAAGAAAACAUGGUUCGCGUUUUGCGCGUCGUAGAAGAGUUGCGGAGAUGUGGCGAGCGGGAAAUCUCAAUUCGAGAGAAGAUUGGGAAGGGCGACAUUUCGGCAGCCAUAGUCGAGUAUGGUGAAGCGAAGAACGCGUUAGAAGCACUCAGUGCAUUAGACUGUACAAAACAAGCGAUCGAAGACUUGAACCUGUUGAAGUUUGAAGUCGAACGUGGCACCAGAGAUGCUUUCGUGCAGGCGUUCUCAACCGACGAAGAUGGAGACUCCUUGUACGAAAAAGCGUUCCAAGGCGCGCUCGCUUUAGGACACGAACGCGCGGCGGAACUCAGCGCGGAAUGUUUUGCAACUGCGAGAGAUUCGUUACUCGUUCAAUCUCAAGCUGAAGAUCCAGUAGGCGGCGUUUCAAGAGCUGCACAUCUGUUGUUUAAGCGCUUGCAUUUUGCAAAGGCGUACCACGAGAAGAAAAUCGCAAUGGCGAAUAAGAACGACGCGUUUGAAACUCUUCUCGCGGAUUCUCUCGCAAAGUCAAAUUUAGAAGCACGAACGACAGAUACCGCUUACCACGCGCUGAAUGCACUCGAAAUAGCUAUCCGAACAGAUUCCGGACGUCAAAAUAGCAGCGCGACCUUUAACGCCGACCCGAACGUCGCCCGGAUGACUUUACGAAAAUGCCGUUUGUUCGCGGAUAUGUGCGAAAAGUUUGCCGGAGCUGAAACCGUCUACUCGCGAACGAAAAGUUUAAUGGACUGCGCAAUUGAUGUCUUAUCCGACGCGCAAAGGAAACCGAGACUCGGCGAGUUAAAACUAGCGUUCGAGCGAGAGACGUGGACGAAACUAUCGAACGAUCUCGCGAAGAAAGCGAGAGCGGAAGCGCGAAUGGCGUCGUCGAUUGAAGAGCGAGUGGGGAGCACGAAUGGUUUGAUCAUGAAUGCUGAUGAUAUCGAUCAUCAAAGCAAAGAAAAAGCGAUGAGAGCGAUAGAUUGGGUCGAGCGGCGCGAACAUCCGUUUGCCGGUGAACGCUUCGUCGGGAGCGACGAUGCGGUCUUGAAAAUGACAACGAAUGAAGAAAAUCUACUGCUCUCGCCGCAAGAAUCGUCUAAGAUGAUGAAUGAUAGUGAUGGUAAUCAAAUGAGCGCGGUUGCAGCUAUGGCGAAACUGAAUGGUGGUGCCGAAUUGAGUGCAGAGCAUGGAAAGGAAGAAGAUGCGUCGACGAGUAAGACUGUGACGGCGUCUACUGCAUACUUACUCGAGAGCGUUCGCGUCUUUGCCUCGCUCGCCGCGGAGUCGCCGACGAUGAGCGCAAAUAGCAAAUGCAGAAGUAAACUCAAAGCUUUCGAUGCUUGCAGAGAAAUGUUUGAACUCGCGUUAUUCAACGUGUUUGUUUCUUUCGGUAACCCGAGAUUGCUCGUGCACACGAGUGGUCAGCUUUUGGAUGACCAUAACAAAAAUGCGUUGACAAACAGACUGAAACAAACGCUCACAAAAUUAGCAUCGCGAGGAGGUUUGUUUGCUUUGAAACCACCGCCGCCGAUUAUUCAUCAGCAACAUCAGCAACAUCAGCACAUGAAUACUCCUGGUGAUGGUAGUGGUGGUAACAACCCAAACGGUACCGCGAUGCCAUCAGCGUCAUCUGCAGCUGCAGCCUCGACGACAACGCCAGUCGUCUCAAAACUCGGCGCAACCUUCAGAAAACGUUCCCAAAACGCACGCGCACAAAUCGCGAGUUCUGGGAACAUGUUUGGACUGAAAGAGCGCGUGGUCGCGUUAGAGUCUCUGGCGUGUGUAGCUUCAAUAUACGAAGAGUUGAAACCAACUUUUGAGCGUUGGGUGGGAGAAGAUUCCUCCUCCGUCGUCGAUAAGUUCUUUACGAAAGUUGUGCACGCGGUGGACGAUUUGCGCGAACACAUUUUGAGUAGAGUUGCUGAGUUAUUGCUCGAUCUUUCGUGGUUGCCAGAUGAGAUUGGCGAUUCGGAUUUCAAAAUCACAGACAUGCAGUCUAUGAAGAAAGCUGCGCUCGGGAAGUACAAUCAGAAAGAAAUGCCGUCGGUGUUGUCGGCGUCGGAAUGGACGACGCAACUCGGACAAGUGCUGGCACAGUUUGCGACGAAACUUCGCGUCUCUGAAGUGACCGCGGUGAACGGAAAAAUCUUGUGGGAACUCGGCGCGCAACUCGUGUCCAAUGCCAUCGUGAGAGGAUUUGCGAAAGUGAAAAAAUGUAGCGUCGAUGGACGCGCAAUUAUGCAAAUGGACGUCCAAACGGUGCAGCAACACUUUCAGACGCACUACCCGUUCGAGAAAGUUCCUCCUCCGUUAAACUUAGACUUUAGAUACGUGGAAACGUAUAUUAAAGCGUUCUAUACCCAAGAAUCAGAGCUCGUUCGAUGGACCAUGAUCCACCCGGAGUAUACGAGUGAACAAAAAUUGGUUUUGGUAUCGCACGUCGCGCACGCGUUCAAAUGGACAUCGAAACAAAAAUUGGAUUGUUUGUCAGAAAUUCAAAAUUCAGAUUUAGUGUAA